AGUGUGUGUGCGUGCCGUUUAAUAACCCCUCCUCACGCUCUCUCUCUCUCUCUCCGUCUUUACGCCCCUUCUUUUCCGCCCCUCCCCCUCCCCCUCCCCCUCCGUUCAAUCAUCGCCCUGCCGUCAAGGAGACCCCUUAGGUCGGUGCGAUUGCGCGUCGGUGACCCGACCCCUCUCCCUUCUCCUAUAAAUUCCUCCGAUCUCUUCCGUUCUCUGUCGUUGGCCCUUCUUCUUCAUCGAGGUCGUCCGGCCGGCGAUCUCGUUGGAAUUCCAGAUCCGGAUCUUUUUUCCCCGAUCGGACUCCUCCCGGGGCCGUUUCUUGGAGGACCUAGGUCGGCGCUCGGAUCGGAUCGGUGUUCCCUGAGAUCUAGAUCUUCUCUCGUCUUCAGGAAUCAUGGAGGCCGUGGAGGAGUUGAUCCAGCUAUCGGACUCCAUGAUCCAGGCGGCGGCCCUCCUCGCCGACGAGGACCCCGAUGAGCCCUCGUCCAAGAGAACCUCUACCUUCCUCAACGUCGUCGCCCUUGGCAAUGUCGGCGCUGGAAAAUCUGCAGUCUUGAACAGUUUAAUCGGGCACCCUGUUCUGCCAACGGGAGAAAACGGUGCCACUCGAGCGCCCAUCAGUGUUGACUUGCAAAGAGAUGGUUCGCUGAGCAGUAAAUUGAUCAUCUUGCAGAUAGACAACAAAUCUCAGCAAGUUUCUGCAAGUGCUCUUAGACAUUCUCUUCAGGAUAGGCUGAGCAAGGGCACAGGAGUUCAUAGCUCAGGAAAGAGCCGCUCGGAUGAGAUAUACUUGAAGCUUCGAACUAGUACAGCUCCUCCUCUGAAAUUGAUUGACCUUCCUGGCUUAGACCAGCGGGCCAUGGAUGAGUCCAUGAUCAGUGACUACGCGGCACAUAAUGAUGCAAUUUUGCUAGUUAUUGUACCAGCUGCCCAAGCACCAGAAAUUUCUUCAUCUCGAGCUCUUAGACUAGCUAAAGAAUUUGAUGCAGAAGGGACAAGAACAAUUGGUGUUGUUAGCAAAAUUGAUCAAGCAGCGGGAGAUCAGAAAAGUCUUGCAGCUGUUCAAGCUCUUCUUUUGAAUCAGGGACCACCAAGAACUUCUGAUAUGCCAUGGGUCGCAUUGAUUGGACAAUCUGUUUCUAUUGCUUCAGCACAAGCUGGAUCUGUGGGAUCUGAGAAUUCACUUGAAACUGCUUGGAGAGCUGAGAGUGAAAGUCUUAAAUCUAUACUUACAGGAUCUCCCCAAAGCAAGCUUGGCAGAGUAGCAUUGGUGGAUACCCUUGCCAAGCAGAUUCGGAAACGGAUGAAGCUUAGGCUUCCGAACCUUCUUUCCGGGUUACAGGGUAAGUCUCAGAUAGUGCAAGAUGAAUUGGUAAGGCUUGGUGAACAAAUGGUACAAAGUGCAGAAGGUACUAGGGCUAUUGCUUUGGAGCUUUGCCGAGAAUUUGAAGAUAAGUUUCUUGCACACAUUGCAGGUGGUGAGGGUGCAGGUUGGAAAGUUGUUGCAAGUUUUGAGGGAAACUUUCCUAACAGAAUAAAGCAGCUUCCACUGGACAGACAUUUUGAUAUCAACAAUGUCAAAAGGAUUGUGCUGGAAGCUGAUGGUUAUCAACCAUAUUUAAUUUCUCCUGAGAAAGGUUUGAGAUCUCUGAUAAAAGGAGUACUAGAACUUGCAAAAGAACCAGCACGUCUUUGUGUGGAUGAGGUUCACCGUGUUUUGAUUGAUAUCGUUUCUGCUGCUGCCAAUUCUACCCCGGGACUUGGCAGAUACCCAUCAUACAAGCGUGAGGUCAUUGCAAUUGCAAUUGCUGCACUGGAUGGUUUUAGAAAUGAAGCUAAAAAGAUGGUUGUUGCAUUAGUUGACAUGGAGCGUGCUUUUGUUCCUCCUCAACAUUUCAUCCGCCUAGUGCAACGAAGAAUGGAUAGGCAACGCCGUGAGGAGGAACUGAAGAAUCGAUCGUCAAAGAAGGCGCAUGAGGCGGAGCAAGCUAUAUUGAACAGAGCAACAAGCCCUCAACCAGGUUCCCAGCCAACAGGUGGUAGCAUGAAAUCGAUGAAAGAGAAGUCUAAUCAAACGGAGAAAGAUGCAAAAGAGGGUUCUGCCUUGCAGGUUGCUGGUCCUUCUGGGGAAAUAACAGCAGGGUAUUUGUUGAAGAAAAGUGCAAAAACAAAUGGCUGGAGCAGGCGAUGGUUUGUUCUCAAUGCAAAAAGUGGAAAACUUGGUUACACUAAGAAACAGGAGGAAAGACAUUUCCGUGGUGUCAUCACUUUGGAGGAAUGCAAUAUUGAAGAGGUCGCAGAUGAGGAAGAACCUCCUAAAAGUUCCAAGGACUCAAAAAAAGUAAAUGGACCAGAUUCUGGUAAAGGCCCAAGUCUUGUGUUCAAGAUAACUAGCAAGGUUCCAUACAAGACUGUUUUAAAAGCACACAGUGCUGUUGUGUUAAAGGCUGAGAACAUGGCUGACAAAGUUGAGUGGGUAAACAAGAUACGGAAUAUCGUCCAACCUUCAAAGGGAUCACCACCCAAGGGCAUGCCUGGUUCUGAAGCUAAUCCCUCCAUGAGACAAAGCCUUUCAGAUGGCUCUCUAGAGACGAUGUCUAGAAGGCCUGCUGAUCCAGAGGAAGAACUUAGAUGGAUGUCUCAAGAAGUUCGUGGUUAUGUGGAGGCUGUUUUAAACAGUCUUGCUGCAAAUGUUCCAAAGGCAGUUGUGCUUUGUCAAGUGGAGAAAGCAAAGGAAGACAUGCUGAAUCAGCUAUAUAGUUCUGUAAGUGCUCAAAGCACAGCAAGGAUUGAAGAACUGCUCCAGGAGGAUCAAAAUGUCAAGCAUAGACGAGAAAAAUUUCAAAGGCAGUCUUCACUUCUUUCUAAACUUACUCGUCAGUUAAGCAUCCAUGAUAAUCGAGCAGCUGCUGCUAACUGGUCCAGUAAUGGGACUGGUGCAGAAAGCAGCCCAAGGGCCAAUACUUCGGGUGAUGAUUGGAGAUCAGCAUUUGAUGCUGCAGCAAAUGGACCUGUGGACCGCUCCUUUGACCGAUCUAGCAGCAGAUCUAGCAGCAACGGCCACAGCCGUCGGUACAGUGACCCUGCACAGAAUGGUGAUGCCAGUGCAGGUCCGAAUUCUGGUAGCCGUCGGACACCAAAUAGGUUGCCGCCUCCGCCACCGCAAAGCAGUUCAUCAGUGUAUAGAUACUAGGCAGCGAAUGGCUUGAAUGACAGCUAAUAUUCUAUGUAUUCUUGCUGGGUGCACAUCUCCUUGUGCUUUUCUCAUUUUGGUGAGCUGAUUCAGGCAACAGUAGAGCAGAAACAGCAGUGUACUCCGACCUGGUAGACCAUUCCAUUCCUUAUAGAAAUAUAUUUCUAUUUUUUUUUUUUUUUGAAAAUGGGGAGUACAAGAUGUCCGUUCUCUUGUCAUGCCAUGCCUCAGCAAGGAACCACUUCGUUACGAGUUGUAGCAAUUUUCGUUUGUGACUUUUUUGUUAAUAGAGUUAAUGAUACAUUGAGAUGUAUUUCUUUUCCUCUUCCAAGAAACUCCGUGUAAAUGCAUACUGCCAGAUGGAUGAGUUGCUUCCAUGUCCA